AGCUGUGAUUGGCUGCGCGGCGGCCGGAGGGAGGGCGGGGGAGCUCAAGGCCUGCUUGAUACGUCCGCCAUUUUGGGCGCUUCGCGGAUGGUGUCGGUGAGCGCGUUUCCCGCCUGAGCACGAUCAGCGGCGGGUCGUGGGCACCUCCAGGAACACUUCUGUUUCAUACAGUAUCCUCCUCUCGGCUCACCUGCUGAUGUGGUAAAUUGGAAGACAGCCAUCACAAGGAUAGCCUGUAAUGGGCAAGGAGCCACAGAGAAGAAAACAUUUGUUUUAAUUUUUCACCUUGGUUUGAAAGCUGAGGGUUUGUGGUGGAUGCCUUCAUCUUGUCACCUGCUGCUCAGAAGUGACUUUGAGACAUCAUGCAGCCUCUGUUCACAUUUCUACAGACCAGCAUGUUUUGGAAAUUUGAUCUUCACUCAUCAUCCCACAUAGACACACUUCUAGAAAGAGAAGAUGUAACACUGAAGGAGUUAAUGGAUGAGGAAGACGUUUUACAGGAAUGUAAAGCUCAGAACCGCAAACUUAUAGAGUUUCUGUUAAAAGCAGAAUGUCUCGAAGAUUUAGUCUCAUUCAUUAUAGAAGAACCACCUCAAGACAUGGAUGAAAAGAUCAGAUACAAGUAUCCAAAUAUAUCUUGUGAGUUGCUCACCUCUGAUGUCUCCCAGAUGAAUGAUAGACUUGGGGAGGAUGAAUCCCUGCUAAUGAAACUGUAUAGCUUCCUCCUAAAUGAUUCCCCCUUGAACCCACUACUUGCCAGUUUCUUCAGCAAGGUGCUAAGUAUUCUUAUCAGCAGAAAACCAGAACAGAUUGUGGACUUCUUAAAGAAGAAGCGUGAUUUUGUAGAUCUUAUUAUAAAGCACAUAGGGACUUCUGCUAUCAUGGAUUUGUUGCUCAGGCUCCUGACGUGUAUUGAGCCUCCACAGCCCAGGCAAGAUGUACUGAAUUGGCUCAACGAAGAGAACGUCAUCCAGAGGCUUGUGGAGGUAGUUCAUCCAUCACAAGAGGAAGACCGGCAUUCAAAUGCCUCACAGUCACUUUGUGAAAUUGUUCGCCUGAGCAGAGACCAGAUGUUACAAGUUCAGAACAGUACAGAACCAGACCCCCUGCUUGCCACUCUAGAGAAGCAAGAAAUUAUAGAACAACUUCUAUCAAAUAUUUUCCACAAGGAGAAGAAUGAGUCUGCCAUAGUCAGUGCAAUCCAGAUUUUGCUGACUUUACUUGAGACCCGACGACCAGCAUUUGAAGGCCAUAUAGAGAUCUGCCCACCAGGCAUGAGUCAUUCAGCUUGUUCGGUUAACAAGAGUGUGCUAGAAGCCAUCCGAGGAAGACUUGGCUCUUUCCAUGAACUUCUGCUUGAGCCUCCUAAGAAAAGUGUGAUGAAGACUACAUGGGGUGUACUGGAUCCUCCUGUGGGGAACACACGAUUGAAUGUGAUUAGGUUGAUAUCCAGCCUGCUCCAAACCAAUACCAGCAGUAUAAAUGGGGACCUGAUGGAGCUGAACAGCAUUGGUGUCAUAUUGGACAUGUUCUUCAAGUACACGUGGAACAACUUUCUGCACACACAAGUGGAAAUUUGUAUCGCUCUGAUUCUCGCCAGUCCUUUUGAGAAUACAGAAAACGGCACCAUUCCUGAGCACGAUACUGCCAGCGACAACUUGUUACUGAAGCAUCUUUUUCAGAAAUGUCAGUUAAUAGAGCGGAUACUUGAAGCCUGGGACAUGAAUGAGAAGAAACAGGCUGAGGGAGGACGACGGCAUGGUUACAUGGGACACCUCACCAGGAUAGCGAACUGUAUUGUGCACAGCACUGACAAGGGCCCCAACAGUGCACUAGUGCAGCAGCUUAUCAAAGAUCUUCCAGACGAAGUCAGGGAGCGAUGGGAGACAUUCUGCGCCAACUCCUUAGGAGAGACGAACAAGAGGAACACGGUGGAUCUAGUUACAACCUGCCAUAUUCAUUCAUCCAGUGAUGAUGAAAUUGACUUUAAAGAAACGGGUUUCUCACAGGAUUCCUCUUUGCAGCAAGCCUUUUCUGAUUAUCAGAUGCAACAAAUGACGUCCAAUUUUAUUGACCAGUUUGGCUUCAACGAUGAGAAGUUCGCAGACCAAGAUGACAUUGGCAAUGUUUCUUUUGAUCGGGUAUCAGACAUCAACUUUACUCUCAGUACAAAUGAAAGUGGAAAUAUCGCCCUGUUUGAAGCUUGCUGUAAGGAGAGGAUACAGCAGUUUGAUGAUGGUGGCUCUGAUGAAGAGGAUAUCUGGGAGGAAAAGCACAUCACAUUUACACCAGAAUCCCAGAGGAGAUCCAGCUCCGGCAGCACAGACAGUGAAGAAAGUACAGAUUCUGAAGAAGAAGAUGGAGCAAAACAAGACUUGUUUGAAUCUAGCAGUGCUAACACGGAGGAUAAGAUGGAGGUGGACCUGAAUGAGCCCCCUACCUGGUCGGCCAGCUUUGAUGUCCCAAUGGAAACCACCCACAGCGCUCCCUUGGACUCAGUGGGCUCUGAUGUCUGGAGCACAGAGGAGCCGAUGCCAGCCAAAGAGACAGGCUGGGCUUCUUUUUCCGAGUUCACAUCCUCUCUGAGCACGAAAGACUCUCUAAGGAGUAAUUCUCCAGUGGAAAUGGAAACCAGCACCGACCCUGUGGACCCCUUGACCCCUGCUGCAGCUGUCCUGGCCACACAGCCAGAGGUGCCAGGCAGCGUGGCCAUGGAAGCCAGCUCCGAUGGGGAGGAGGACGCAGACAGUGCGGACAAGGUAACUGAGACCGUGAUGAAUGGCGGCAUGAAGGAGACACUCAGCCUCACUGUAGAUGCCAAGACAGAGACUGCGGUCUUCAAAAGAGUGUUGAAGUCCUGCCGUGAGGAAGGAAAACUGUCUACCUCUCAGGAUGCUGCUUGCAGGGAUGCGGAGGAGAGCCCAGAGCCCGCAGAGGCCAAGUGCGCAGCCCUCAGGCCCCCCAGCAGUAGUCCCGAGCAAAGGACUGACCAGCCAAGUGCACCAAGUGACACGUCUGUUAAUGGCCCUGUAUGACGAGUAACAUCUGUGCUGCUGAGUGAGGACUGCAGGCCACCACCACCCAGGGGCUCUGGAGGGGUCAUCAGAGCCACCAAGCCGUCAACUGCUGCAAGGGAUCAGGACCAGCAACCUUUAUAUUCUAGAUUCUAAGACAUUGUACAGACAAAGUGAGAAGUGUAAAAAUAUUGCACAUGGACAAAUAUCAAGAUUUUUUGCGUAUGUUUAUAUUGUAUUGAUCUAAAUAAUGGGCAGCCUGUGAAGCCGGAUCUUGCUGCCAUGUAACAAUAGCAGUAAUACAUAGUUCAUAUGGCUGUAAGAAUAGUUUUAUAAAAGUGGAUACACAGAUCUAUUGUAUUUGAAGCAUAUUUGACAAUUAUUAGUGUGACCAAAGUAUUAGGCAGUCUCCACACAUUUUUCACCUUGUACAAAAGUCUGAAUUCAUUUUUCUUCCAGGUUGCCAAGGAGUUGUCGAUGGAAACGCUCUCCAAGUGUCAUUUUGGUUGUUCUGACUUACAAAGUGAUUUUGAAUAAGAAUCUUUGGUGUUCUUUUUACAUCCGGUUUUGGUUGGUAAUUGUUUUCUGUACUGUUUAAAGUGGAUCAGAAACGUAAGCUUGUUGGUAGAUUAUUUAUUGCUGCGACCUAGUUGACGAGUUGACGUUCUUGUAAAGCCAUACGCUCUCUUACAGUCUUGUGUGCUUGAAGCGAUCCUGAGGUGAAACACUAGUUACUGGAGUGCACAUGGCUGUGCUUUGGGUCUGUUCCUUUAUUUGGUUUGGUUUUGUUUUCUUUUGGUGGUUCUUCCGCCUUUUAACCCAUUCACCAAAAUGUGUCCCAUGUUAACAAGCAUCCUCAGUGACCACUUCGGAGCGGUCUGCAUCCACACUGCACCUAAGUCACACACGCGAGUCACCAAAACACGCGUGCUGCUGGCAGAAUUGGAGCGCGCUCGUUUUACAGGCUAGUGGUUUAAGUAGAAUCAAAAUCUGGCACCUAAGCAUGUCCCUUGUUUACUGUACCUUGUGAGGUUUUCACUCGUAAAUUCUGAACCAGUGUAUUUUUUAUAGCUGGUUUGUGUAUAUCCAGUGAUUAUGAAUACUAAUUCAACGUCAUUUAUAAUUUUCUAUGUCAAUAUAAAAGACACCCCAGCCUUCUCCAACGGUGGAAGCAAUAUAUCGUGUAUUGUCUGGUGAGAGGGUAAGUCGCCUCACCUCUUGCCCUUUUACAUGCAAAUCAGUUUUUCAUUUCUGUAAUAGAAAAUUAUUCACGUAUUUUUACAUCAUUUGUUUUUCCUGACCAGUAUUUAAAACCAAAAGGAUAUUCUGAAAAAUGGCCAACGAAUUUUUCAGAGCCUGCACCACAAGCAGUGGGCCUCCAUGGCACCGAGUGUGGAAAUAAAGAGUCAAACGUCCGGUGCCUUAUUCCUUGUUCGCUCUUCACUUUAGACAGUGCAGGGGCUGCCUGGGGCUGCUGCGGUGGCCUGGCCUGGCUCACCAAGCUCCGUGGGGCAGCAGGAAGCCGUGGGACUGGUGGCGAGGGGCUUUGGUGGCCAUGCACGCCGGCUCAGGACCCUCUGCAGAGCUCUCAGGAGACCGUGCUCUCUGGAGCCUGGUGCCACCAGAGGACGUCUCCUUCUGCUCCUCUCAGGGAUGGCGGACACGCGUGGCCCAGACCUCACAUUGCUGAUGCAGGGAUGUGUCUCACCCGGUGGCAAGCAGCAGGGUUUGGCCCUGUGUCGCCCACACUGCCUCCACGCUGUGGAUUGGGCCGGCUUCUCCAUCCCACUGCCUGCUGGGAAGGAGCACUUGGGUGUUGUCUGCAGGCAGGACUUCUGUUUGCUUGUCUUGGGGAAAGCUCCAAGGAUGAGAAGAGUGUGUGGGGUUGGAGGGUGUCAGCCAAGGCCUGUGGCAAGUUCCUGCUCCUCCUUUCUGUGUACUGGCCACAUAAAUUGCAAGACUAACAUGUCUACAGUACAAUACCUGUAUUAAAAGUAACAGCAAAAAAUAAACCUGAUUCUUUGUUUCUAGA